GGGGAAACCGCGAGGGGAAGGGGCUUGGGAGAUGGGCAGGAACACAGGUUGCCCAGGCCAUCUUCGAGCCCCUUCCCUCGGAGGAAGGCAGCCCACUCACACCCAGAAACGCACCCCGGCUUUUGGAGAGGCCUGAGCAGCCUGGGGGAGGGGUUUCCCCGGGAGGGAGCGCAGCCCUGGGCGGGGAGUUACUCCAGAGGAAUCCCACUGAGCUGCACGGGGCGCCUCUGGCUGCCGCAGCCGGGCUGAAGUCCCGUCCCGUCCAGCAAGGUCUCCCGGGCGCUGCUCCCGACGGGGAGGGCAGGAAAAGCCUCUCCUUCCUUCCUUUCCUUUGCCUGCAGCGCCGCCAGGGUUAAGGCAGCCGAGCCGUUUGCUAGAGAGGCCGAGCAAGAGGGAAGGAUUUGCAUUUGAAUCGGGGGAAAGGGAGCAGGGAGGGCUUGGGGGGCGCAACAGCAGCGGCUGCAGCCGGAGCCCGGGAAGCUUCGCUCUCGAGCAAGUGAACAAGAGUGUCUUUCCACAGGCAGAAGCAAUCCAAGAGAAGGAAGGAGAUGAAAGAAGAUGACCCAGAAAGUCCUGAAACUGGGAAGAGAUCGAGGAAAAGUCCCUGUCCCAUCCAAGGAGGGAGAGGUGUCGAAUUUGGAGAAAGAGCUGUGCCAGAGAUUUUGGCUCAGGACACUAUGGCCACAGAUGAACGCAGCCAAUGCUUCCGGCAGUUCUGUUACCAGGAGGCUGCUGGGCCCAGGGAAGUUUGCAAGCAGCUCCAUGGACUUUGCAACCUCUGGCUGAAGCCGGAGAGACACACCAAGCAGCAGAUCCUGGAUCUGGUGAUCCUGGAGCAGUUCCUGACUCUCCUGCCCCAGGAAAUGCAGUGCUGGGUCAGAGGAUGUGGGCCGGAGACCAGUUCCCAGGCGGUGGCCCUGGCUGAAGGUUUCCUCCUGAGUCAGGCAGAGCAGAUGUGGGGACGAUCCAUGAAGAUGGAAGCGAAGUUCUCUGAGGAAGAAGGAGGUCCUCCAUCAGAGAAAGGUCAGAGGGCGCAGGCCCAGGAACAUGCCGGAGAAGCCCUCUCAAGAGGCAGUGAAGAGACAUUGUCGAGCCGUCACCUUUGCAGAGGAGUGGAAACGGUUGCUCCCCCUCUGGUCCAGUGUCCCUUUUCCUUUGAGGAUGUGGCCGUGUAUUUCACCUUGGCCGAGUGGGCCCUUCUAGAUCCGGGCCAAAAAGCUCUCUAUAGGGAAGUCAUGAAGGAGAACUAUGGGAGCGUGGCCUUUCUGGAAGAAACAGCUGGGGAAUUCCAGGGGUUCCCUUUGGGAAAGGCCACAAAUGAAGAUGCUGAAGGAAACUUGAGAGAUGGAGAUGAACCACAGCGACAGGAGGAAAGCCACACAGCAGCAGGUGUAGAGCAGACAGCUGGGGAAUUCCAGGAGUUCCCUUUGGGAAAAGCCAAGAAUGAAGAUGCUGAAGGAAACUUCAGAGAUGGAGACAGACCACAGAGGCAGGAGGGAAGCCACACAGCAGCAGGUGUAGAGGAGACAGCUGGGGGAUUCCAGGGGUUCCGUUUGGACAAAGUCAACAAUGAUGAUGCCAAAGGAAACUUGGGAGAUGGAGACGGACCACAGAGGCAGGAGGGAAGCCACACAGCCGGGGACGAUCAGAGGAAUGAGAAGGGUGAGGAACUGCAUCCUCUAUUGCCAGAUGAAGCUAAGAAUGAACACUUGAGAGGCAACUUCCAAAAUCAAGGCAGACCUAAGAGAAAGAAAAGCCAAAAUGCCAAGAAGAGGGGUCAACCAAUUCCUUGCCAAGGGGAAGAUUUCCAAGAACUAAUAUGCAUGGUGAAGGAAUCAUACAAGUGCUUGGCUUGUGGAAUGAACUUCUCAGAUGAAUCCCAGUAUAAUGACCACAUACGAAUGCAUAGUGGAGAGGAGACCCAUCAACGGCUGAAGUGUGCAAAGAUCAUGACUUGCAGAGGAGAGCUCCGUAGACAUCAAAGAAUACAUACUGGAGAGAAAUCUUACAACUGCUCAGACUGUUGGAAGAGCUACCCAGAGAAAUUAGACCUUGUUCGACACGAAAGGAUUAACUCAGAGACUGGAAUGGCGUUCUCUGAGGGAGGAAAACGUAAUAGCCGUUUUCCAAAGCAGUCUACAACGACGGCAUAUAAAUGCUUCCAAUGCAGAAAGAACUUCAGAUACAGAUCACAGCUGUUUCUGCACGAAAGAAUUCACACAGGGGAAAAGCCUUUGGAAUGUUCAGAGUGUGGGAAAAGAUUCAGUCAUAAAGGCAAUCUUCAAGAACAUCUAAGAACCCACACAGGGGAGAAGCCAUUUGAAUGCUCAGAGUGUGGGAAGAGAUUCAGUGGCGAUCUUCAAAGGCAUCUAAGAACCCACACAGGGGAGAAGCCAUAUGAAUGCUCAGAGUGUGGGAGGAGAUUCAGUCAGAAUGGCAGUCUUCAAGAACAUCUAAGAACCCACACAGGGGAGAAGCCUUUUGAAUGCUCAGAGUGUGGGAAGAGAUUCAAUUGGAGUGGCAAUCUUAAAAGCCAUCUAAGAACCCACACAGGGGAGAAGCCUUUUGAAUGCUCAGAGUGUGGGAAGAGAUUCAGUCAAAAUAGUUGUCUUAAAAGUCAUCUAAGAACCCACACAAGGAAGAAGCCUUUUGAAUGCUCAGAGUGUGGGAAGAGAUUUAGUCAGAGUAGCAAGUUUCAAGAACAUCUAAGAACCCACACAGGGGAGAAGUUUUUUGAAUGUUCCGAGUGUGGGAAGAAAUUCAGUCGGAGUGGCCAUCUUAAAACACAUCUAAGAACCCACACUGGGGAGAAGCCUUUUGAAUGUUCCGAGUGUGGAAAGAGAUUCAGUCGGAAAGGCAAUCUUCAAGAACAUCUAAGAACCCACACAGGAGAGAAGCCUUUUGAAUGCUUAGAGUGUGGGAAGAGAUUCAGUCACAAUAGCGGUCUUAAAAGCCAUCUAAUAACUCACACAGGGGAGAAGCCUUUUGAAUGCUCAGAGUGUGGUAGGAGAUUCAGUCGGAGUAACAAUCUUCAAGAACAUCUAAGAACCCACACAGGGAAGAAGUCUUUUGAAUGCUCAGAGUGUGGGAAGAGAUUCAUACUGAAAGGCUGUCUUCAGAAGCACCAAAGAAUGCACACAAGGGAGAAACCUUCUGAAUGCUGAGAGUGUAGGAAGAGAUUCCAUCAUUGUGGCCAUCUUCAAAGUCAUCAAAGAGCCCACACAAGGAGAAAUCAUUAAACUGCUUCACCCAGA